AUGCUUCCGCAGACGACGCCAACGCGGGGAGGCGCAUACGAGAGUCUUUUGGCUCAGUUCGGAGCGCAGCAAUCUGCAACAUCGGCGACCAAAGCCAGGACAAUAGCCAGGAGGGAGAAUUCGUUGGGCUCACCGCAAACAGAGUCGGUUGCCAGGGCACCACAGCCGCCGAUAAAACAAAAUCAACCGAGCUCCCAGCGACCUAAAAUUGUUCAUGCACUUUCUAAUCUCUCGAAUACCACCACAAUUACUUCGUCUGGCUCCUCGACUUCGACCGAAGACACCAGCGAGAGCGAGAGCGCCAGCGAGUCGGACACCUUCGAAGAGCAGCUUGUGUCUCCCAUUCCCAAGUCUUCCAAACGCAGAGGUCAUAAGUCAUAUGCGCACCUCGAGGGCCUGAAGAUGGAGAACCGUCGCAAGGACAAGGAUCGUGAUGAGGCUCCACGAAGGAGUACACGAGUUAGGAAGAGUGACAUUCUCGCGUCGGACACUGUCUAUUAUCCCCCGACUCCACCUUCAAAGCGCAAGUCGAAUGCUCUGUCACCGCGCAAGCUCGACACUGCUCGGGCACGUCUGCGGGAUGAUAUUGCGCGAAAAACCCAAGCAAAAGCUAAUAGCUUUAUCGUUGCCAACAAAGAUCUCUUCUUGCCGCUUCUCCCUCAGAACAACUAUGUUUCGAGACUCGUCGCGAACGGGCAAUCAGCAUCUGUCGUGGAAUACAAGCGCCUCCCCGCGCAGCCCAAGGGCGUCAAGGCGACCAUGAAGCCCUAUCAGCUUGACGGUCUAUCAUUUCUUGCAUAUCUCCACAAUAACGGUUUCUCCGGCAUUCUCUCUGACGAGAUGGGCUUGGGAAAGACCUUGCAGACUCUUUCGUUGUUCCAAUACCUAGAGGAACAAGAUUGUGAACUGGAUGUUGUCUCGGAAGAGUCGCGCCCAUAUCUUGUUAUCUGUCCGCUGAGUGUCUUGAACUCUUGGGUCAACGAGGCUCAGAAGUGGGUGCCGGAACUCAAGAUCUUGCGCUAUCACGGAACGCCGACUCAGCGAGACCGUCUUAAGAAGGUCGCUCUGGGUCUCGAGGACCAAUACGGCAAUGAAACAGCCCAAGCUCGAGAUCGCAAGGCAUCCAAGAAAGCGGGCCUAACGGUGUCUAAAUUACCGACCGAAUCGGCUUCAGACUCGUACAAAAUCAUCGUCACAACUUAUGACACAUUUAAGGCUGAGCAGAGCUGGUUCAAGCAUUCGUUUCUCUGGCGCUAUGUCGUGCUGGACGAGGGCCAUAUGAUCAAAAGCAAUGUAUCCCAGAUCUCGGCCGCGUUGAAGCGGGUCUCCUCGGAGCACCGCCUGAUCCUUACGGGUACCCCGGUGCAGAAUGACCUGGUGGAGUUGUGGAGCUUACUGGCAUGGCUUCUUCCCGAUGUCUUCACGGACAAUACGCAGGGCCUGUUCAAAGAAUCGUUCGACCUUGCGCGUGGACGCGCUAACAAGAAGACCAUGGAUGAUGCUCGUCGACUCCUCGAGCUCAUCAUGCUACGUCGGAUGAAAGAUAGUCCUGGUGUCGAUUUGGGCCUCCCGCCAAAAGAAGAGGUACUGUUGUAUGUACCGCUCACGCCUAUGCAGCGGUUCUGGUACACUAGGCUGCUCACGCGUGUGGAUGAUUCGAUGCUAGAUGAUCUUUUUGCAGGCGGGAAGAGAAAGGAGUUGGCAGCACUCGAGGCAGAGAAGCAAGAGCACGCAGAGCGUCGUCGCACGCAAGACUUGCAAGUGCAACCUAAUUCAGCCGCUUCCGACGAGAAGGGAAAGUGGGAAGAGACGGCGCAAAUCAUGCGACAGGCUGUACAGACGGAGAAAAACGGCGAUGCGACCUCGGCUUGGCGCAAGCUGAUGAACCUGGUCAUGCAACUUCGCAAGUGUUGCUCACAUCCGUAUCUUCUUCCCGGUGCAAUGCCAGAGCCCUACUACGCUGGUCAACACAUCAUUCGUUCCUCAGGAAAAUUCAUCGUGCUCGAGAAGCUUCUCAAACAUAGUGUUUUCGAUCAAGGCAAGAAAGUACUGAUUUUUUCGGGCUUUACAGAGACUCUGGACUGGUGCGAGAAUAUGCUAGAGAUGAUUAGCAAUUUCGGUCAAGAAUUUAAACACCUUCGCUUGGACGGGAGCGUCGGUCGCGCUCGCCGUAAUUUAGAGAUGCGGUUGUUCAAUGAUAGGAAAUCCGUCUACAAGGUUAUGCUGCUGUCUACUCGAGCUGGUGGUCUCGGCAUCACCUUGACAGCAGCCGAAGACGUGAUCUUCCUAGAUGAAGAUUGGAACCCACAGGUCACGCUGCAAGCCGAAGCCCGUGCUCACCGAAUUGGCCAACAAAAGAAAGUAACGAUAUACAAGCUUUGCACACAAGGUACGGUAGAGGAGCAGAUGAUGGGUCGCAUCCGUAAGAAGUUGUACCUUUCGACCAAGAUCACCGAGUCCAUGCGAACUAUGUUUGGUGAACGUGUUUCAGAUACCGGCGGAACCACGCUCGUUGGUGGUGAUGCUCCAGAGAUGAACACAUCGCAACUGAAGUCCCUCGUUCGUCGGGGCGCCCAAACCUUGUCGCAUCCCGAAAUUGAUGUGACCGAGAUGCUCUCUUGGGACCUGGACACGAUGUUAAAGAAAUGCCGAGACAAGCCUGCCGAUCCUUAUCAGUCUCCUGACGCCGACGGUGUUGAGAUUGACGAAGAGAAAUGGCUUUCCGUGAUAGAGCGGGUAGAGACUGCAGUCUUCGAUGGGAAACGGUAUCAACGAAAGCUGGAGAAGAAGGGCCUCAAGAAUGCUCCCGACGUUUCAAAUAUCCGUAAGGAUCGUCGCCAACGCAAGGAGCUGACUGUCAUGGUCGAUGGUUACGAGGUUAGCAAGGAGUCGCUGAAUUGUGCUCAGUGGGAGGCCGUUCCGACAAUGGCAGGAAAAGACCCUCGCCUGGCGAAUGCGGUGCGGGAGAAGCGUCACGAGUACCUUCAUGAAGAGCACUGUCUAGCUUGCUUCGACGGGCCUGAGAUUGGCCACAUCGUCCAGUGCAAGUCGUGCCCUCGAGCUUUCCAUUUCGACUGCCUAGACGAAGACUAUCAGGAAAAGGUCAAAGGAUUUGCCGGUUUCUUCUGCCCUCAACACACCUGUUGCGAGUGCGGCAAGAACACGACCGAUGCAGGAGGCCUCAUGUAUCGAUGCCGGUGGUGCCCUCGAGGUUUCUGCGAGGACUGCAUGGAAUGGGGCAAAGAGGAGCUGAUUGGCGAGAAUCUUCCGGAGUUCGAGAUGAUGCAUCAGCCUUCUGCUCCGACCGCAUUCUACAUCAAAUGCCCUGACUGCGUCGACACUUGUGAAGAAGAUCCAGAGAAGAGCCAGUGGAUCGAGGCCAUGGAGAAGGCCUACGCGGAGCAGCACGACGAAUGGUUCAGAGAGCAAGAAGAGGAGCAGCAGCGCGUUGAACAGCAGCAGGAUGCUGCACACGACUCUCGCCGCAUGCAAUCCGAGGCUCCCAAGUCAUCGUCGGCCUACCUUCGGGUAUCUACAGAGGACGAGCGUGGUUCUACACCAUCGCUUACUGACAACUCUGGGACCAACGAUGAAUCCGGCCUCAACACACCGCGUGCGCGAAGGUCGCGCCAAACACCGAGCAAGAAGCGCGCCACGGAGACGGAUUCUUUCUCAGCUGGUUCACCUGGGAAGCGUACUCGGCGCACUCCACGCGCAUGGGCGAUCGAAGUUGACUUGUCAGACGAUGACAGCUGA